AUGGCGCCCCUAAUAUCUCUUAGGGCGCGUCUCAUUUCUGCCAACAGCCACUCCUUUCCCUCUAUCUGUUUGCGUCGACUCAACUCAAAUCGCCGUCAUUAUUCCAAGAUGCCGCCUCGCACCCACGAUUGCGGCAUCGAUGCCGAACCGAUCUACAGGACCAAUUCCUAUGUUGCAGUAAAAGUCAAGAUCUCAAAGGAUAAAGACACCAGAGAACUCGACGUCUUGCAAGCACUUUCUGCUCUACCCAAGCAUCAUCCUGGGUCAUCUCAUAUCAAUCAACUGCUAGAUCAUUUCACCAUUGACGGCCCGAAUGGUUUCCAUGAGUGUCUGGUGCUGGAAAUUACGGGUCCCAACAUUGAUGACGCCGCCUGCAGCAGACUUCCUGCCACCCUUGUGAAAGUUAUCGCUAAGCAGAUACUGCAGGGGCUUGACUUUCUCGCUGCUAACGAUAUCGCGCAUGGGGAUUUACACACUCGAAACAUUACUCUUGCUGUGUCUGAUCUAAGCGCUCUCAGUGAAGCAGACGUUGUUGCCAGACUCGGGAAGGUCGAGACAGGUCCAGUGACCAGAUUAGAUGGUGGGCCUUUGGAAGAUAAUUCUCCAACUCAGAUUAUUCGACCUGCGUCAUUUCCGACAAGCGAUAUUCUGCCGGAAAAUCCAUCAGUCAAGAUUAUUGACUUAGGACAAGCCUUUUUUGGUAACAACGCUCCAAGAACGCUACAUAACCCCAUAGCUGUGCGGGCACCAGAAAUCGUUUUUGGGGACCAGCUGAAUGUUCGAGUGGAUCUAUGGAGCGCUGGCUGUCUGGCACAGAUCUUUGAACUUGUAACCGGGCAACCUCCAUUCGCCAGCAUGCAAUACCCCAAUAGUCUAGUAGAGCAGAUGCUACAAGAAAUCCCGGACGAACUACCGACAAGAUGGCAGGCCAAAUGGCAGGUAAUGCAAGAAGAGCUGGCUAAAAGUCGUGCUAAGUGGCCUGAAGAUGAAGGUGAUGAGAUAUUCACGCUCCAGGAAUGGUUAGAUGAAUGUUAUGAUUUUCACGAUAGGGAGGCCGGGUUCACGAGGAAAGAACUUGCCAGCUUGGCUGAAGCGAUUGGGAGCAUGUUGAGGCUUGAACCGUCGCUCAGAGCUACGAAAAUGUCUAGCGGCAAGGCUGAUGUAACAUGGGGUCAGUGA